CAGAAGGAACCAUUUAGUGGAUGUGAACAGAAAAGCUUCAGUGGAUCACAGUGAUGGAAUGUCCAUGUUUCCAGCUGACCUCUGACCCUCCUCCUCCUUUCAGGUUGGAUCCUGCUGGAGUCCAGAUGUUGAAACCAGGUCCAUGGAGACAUUUCUGUGAACUCACCCUGGAUCCAAACACAGCGCACAGAGAACUGAAACUGUCUGAAAACAACAAGAAGGUGGAACGAGUGAAGGGGCGUCUGUCAUAUCCUAAACAUCAGGACAGAUUUGAGGUCUUGUCUCAGCUGAUGUGUUCAACUGGUCUGACUGGUCGCUGUUACUGGGAGGUCCAGUGGAGUGGAGAGGUUGAAAUAUCAGUGACUUACAGAGGAAUCAGAAGGAAAGGAAACAGUGAUGACUGUGAGUUUGGAAGAAAUGAUCAGUCCUGGAGUCUGUGGUGUUUUGGAGGUGGAUACAGGGUCUGGCAUAAAAACAAAUGCAUAGACCUCCCUCAGUCCUCCUCCUCCUCCUCCUCCUCCUCCUCCUCCUCCUCCUCCUCCUCCUCUGGUACAGUCUCAGUGUAUGUGGACUGUCCUGCUGGAUCUGUGUCCUUCUACAGAGUCUCCUCUGACAAACUGAUCCACCUGCACACCUUCAAAACCACAUUCACUGAACCACUGUUUGGAGGAUUUGGACUGUGGAGGCAGGGAUCCACAGUGUGUUUGUGUGAUGUGUAGGUGUGUUGUGUAGUUGUGUUGCGUAGUUCUGUGUUGUGUAGUUGUGUAGUUGUGUAGUGUCCAUAAAAUGGUUGUGUUCAAAUCAGUGUCAUUUGAACACAGUUGUGUGUGAGUUGAUGCUCUACAAAUACACAAACAUUUAGAAACACCAAGAACAUAAAUCAGCCUCAGUUCUUCAACAGUUGUCUUGUUUCUUUGGAUGCUUUCUAUGUUUAUAAAAUUAGAAAUGAAUCCAACCAGUAGUUUGACAGAAGAAUUGCUCAUGAAGACGACGCCUCCACAAUAACUCAUCUGUGUGCAUUUUUUCCACAGUGAGAGGAUUAGGACUGUAGACUGAAAAUGACAAUUCCAGUAAAGGAGCGCAUUUACAGAAGAAAGACAGAAUGUUGCAUCCAAUUCUCUUUUUU